AUGACCAAAUAUCAUAGUCUGUCUAAUAACAAAGGGCGUAAAAUCCUAAUAGGCACUAUACUCAUUUCAUUAGUGGUAAUAACAAUCACAUUUUUCUCCGGGUCGCUCACACCAGCAAAAGAUUUACAAGGGGUAAUAUCAAGUUUACCCAAUGACAAACUCCUGGGAUUGUCAAAUUUUUUAUCAUCGGAGAAUAGCAGGAAUCAAGAUGAAUUAUUAAACAAGAUUGAAAAAUUAAACAAAAAGCUAUUUCAAGCUCAAGAAGCUAAAAUCAAUAAAUUGGAAGAACAAAACAAGUUGAUUCUAAAAGAAUUGAAACUAUUGAAAACUCCACCAUCACUGGCUUCAAUUAGAGAAAAAUUAACUUAUCUCUACCCAUAUGAUUCGGAAAGCAAAUUCCCGGCAUAUAUUUGGCAAUCAUGGAAACAUGGAUUAAAUGAUGGUAGAUUUGAAGAAAGGUUCCGUCAAGGUGAAUCACAAUGGGCAUAUAAGAACCCUGGGUUUGUUCAUGAAUUAUUUAAUGAUGACACUGCUCAUACUAUGAUUAGGCACCUUUAUCAACAAGUACCUGAAGUUCUUGAAACAUUUGAAAUGUUGCCUGAAGUCAUUAUGAAGAUGGAUUUUUUCAAAUAUUUGAUACUUUACGCUAAAGGUGGUGUUUAUGCCGAUAUAGAUACGUAUCCUUUACAGCCAGUCCCCAACUGGACACCGGAAAAUGUUAGUCCUUUGGAUAUUGGCGUUAUUAUUGGCAUUGAAUCCGAUUCAUCAUCGCCGGAUUGGAGAAAGGAACAAAUUCGUCGAUUACAAUUUGGACAGUUUGUCAUUCAAGCUAAGCCAGGACAUCCAAUAUUACGUGAAGCCAUUUCCCAAGUUAUUGAGCAUACAAAUGUUAAAAAAUUGGAAAAUUUAGCAUCUUCGGGCGCUGGUGGUCUGUUGAGGUUGACGGGAAAUACCAAUGAAAAGUCAUUGACAAUCAGUCAAUGGACCGGAUCGGCAAUUUGGACUGAUGUGGUAUUCAAGUACUUUAAUGAUUAUAUUCAAUCAUCCGUGUUUCAAAAGGUUACUUGGAAGGAGUUUCAUAAUUUGAAAACACCGAAGUUGGUUAGUGAUAUUUUGGUGUUGCCUCUGAAAUCAUUUGCCAGUGAUGUUGAGGAACCCAAAGACGGUAAAAUUGAAGAUCCUUUGGCGUUUGUUAAACAUUAUGCGGCCAAGAUUUGGAAAAGUGGUUAA